CGCAAGUUGUGUACUAUUCAAUUCCGUUAUCCCCUCCCAAAUCAGACCCAGCGGCAACAUGUCACCCAUCGCACGCAGUGCUAUCAAACUGACGCAGAAACUUCGAGAUUCAGCCUAUCGAACCCAGAUGUUGGAUUUGGUUCAAGAAGCCAUCAAUAAGCCAGAAUUGGCCCAUUUCACUGUGGCGACGUUCAAGAAUGCUUCCCAUACCAGCCCCUCAGACCCCAGGGAGCAUGCUACAGUAUUUCUAGCCACGGAGGAACAGGCGAAAAACAACAAGGCGCAAGCUGUGCAUAUCUAUCAUGAUAAAGACUACAAAUUCACGGGCUAUAGCCUCUGGCAGGAGAGGGAGAACAGAGAGGACAAGACCAAAGAUACGUGAGCUUAGUCCUGGAUGACGGCAUUCACUUAGGGGAGGAGCAGAGUAGCGUGUUGUAUGCAAAUGUGUACCGUAUUGUGACUUUUUCAGAGUGUAGGGGGUAGUUCA